GUGCCAACACAUUGCCAUGGUAAUGCCAUCCAAGGAUUUCAACAUACGUGCCUUUACUAUUAAAGGUGUGUGUUGCGUUUGUGCGCUGGGAUACCUGUAUGUACUAAAGAAGUAUGUUGCGCUGGAGUAUCAUCACUACAAACGAAAAAGAUCACUUAUUGAACACGAUGCCAAGCCAGAUCAAAUGAAUAUGAUUAUGGUAGAACGGUUUAUUAAGGAAAAGUCUCAACGUUAAGGAACCAUUCACUGCGGUAUGUGCGAAUGAUCAGGUACUUUAUCAGAUAACCGAGUUUUACGAAUAUGAUGUGAAUGAAAGGCAAAUGCUCCGAUAGUAUCGCUAAAAGGAAAAGAAAAAGUCCAAGCUUUAAUAUGGUCUUAAUAAGAACGCAGCUAUUAUAACUCCAUAACGACGAAUCAGCGCCAAUGCAGCAUUAGCGUACCAUAUAACGGCGUUGACGAAACUUAAAACUUGAACCAUGCG